AUGGAUAACAAUAUAGUGAUUAAAAAAUAAUGGUUCAUAAAAUCCUCAGCAACUAAAAUUGAAGAUGCCUAUGAAUUUGAUCACAAGAAGGUAUUUACUUGAACUCAUUCUGAAGCUCCUUGGCUAAGGGACUUAUGGGUAGGUUGUAAAAGCCAAGUUGAAAGGAUCGAAAUAUUACAGAGCUAUUAAAAUCAUUCCGAAGAGCAAAGUCAGAAACCCGGAUCGUUUCAGACGAGAGAUAGAGAUUAUGCGAAAUUUAGUAGGACUUUUCGAAUAUUUAAAUAGGAUCACCCAAACAUCAUUAAACUAUUUGAGACUUUCGAGGAUGCCAGAAAUGUGUAUUUGGUGAUGGAGUAAGGAAUCAUAAUCAUCUUAGACUUUGUGAGGGAGGCGAACUCUUUGACAGGAUUAUUGAUAAAGGUCAUUUUUCAGAAAAUGAAGCUCGGAUCACAAUUUUGUAAAUUAUGCAAGCUGUAAACUAUUGCCAUUAAAACGGAAUUUGUCAUCGUGAUUUAAAACCAGAAAACUUUUUGUUGUUGACCAAAGCUGAUGAUUCACCCCUAAAAGUCAUUGAUUUCGGAUUGUCAGUUAUAUUCCACGAUAAUCACGUGGAGAAACUGAGCCAAGGAAAAGUAAGUAUGACAACCAGAGCAGGAACACCCUAUUAUAUUUCCCCUGAGAUUUUGGAUGGCAAAUAUGACGAAUCCUGCGAUAUAUGGUCAGCAGGAGUCAUACUCUACAUCCUCUUGUCAGGAGUGCCUCCCUUCUAUGGAAACACCGAUCCAGAGAUUUUGGAUGCAGUGAAAAAAGGCAUCUUUACAUUCAACAGUAUUUUACAAGCCUAUGUCUCCCUCUAGUUCCCGAAUUCAAGAAGGUGUCUGAAGGUGCCAAGGAUUUGAUUUCAAAAAUGAUCUGCAAACCAGAGAAACGUCUGAAGUCUCAUGAGGUUCUCUAACACCCAUGGAUGAAGUAAUAACAACCAGGGGGUUCAUUUUUAAGUGUUAAUUAUCAAUCUUUGAAGAAUUUUACAAAUUUCAAUAAGUUAAAAAAGGUUUGAAUCUCCAAAAUUAUCCUUAGGUUACAUUAACUUAUAUAGCUUCGUAAUUGUCAGAAUAAGAAAUCUCAGAAUUAGGCAAAUUGUUCAAAUAAUUGGAUAAGAAUGGAGAUGGCGUUUUGACUAUGGAUGAAUUAACUCAUGGAUUGACUGGUCUCAAGAAGGAGUCCCAAAAUGAAAUCAUGAGUGUGAUCAAAAGCAUUGACACUGACGGUUCAGGAACCAUUAAUUAUACAGGUAUUUAUCACUCAAAUUAUUAAUCCCCAAGAGUUCUUGGCAGCCACCAUAGAGAAAAGUGUCUACAUGAAGUAAGAGAGACUGUUCUAAGCAUUCAAGAUGUUUGAUUUGGAUGGAAGUGGGAAGAUAUCAAGGGAUGAGUUGAGAUAAGUCUUGGGAAGUAAGUAAAUGAAAUGAUCUUCUAGAAACUGGGUCUGGGUUUGAUGAUAACACCUUCAAGGCUUUGAUUGCAGAUGCUGACAAAGACGGAGAUGGGGAAAUUGAUUACAAUGAGUUUAUAGAAAUGAUGGACAAAAUGAAAUCGUGA